UGGGGCUUGUUUGCGUGCGCGCUAGCGAGACGGUUCCACGCAGGGAACAAGUCGUUCGCGGGGAGGCCGACGAGGGAGUUGAGGGGUGAUGAGGGGCGACGCAGUUGGGAGAAGUUUGAGAUGUCGGAACGCAGCGCGCUCGGACUGAAUGAACACUCGUGCCCAAGUUUUCCUGGAGUCCAGUCAGCGCUCUCAAACAACACCCACACUUUCAACUUUAAAGUGAGGACCAUGGGGUCUCUGUCACUUGCAUGGGUGGGAGAUGAAUCUGGGGUGAUUCUGGUGUUGACCACAUUCCAGGUGCCUUUGUUUAUGAUGCGUUUUGGCCAGUCCAACCUGUACAGGAGUGAAGACUACGGGAAGACAUUCACUGAUGUGACCCACUUGAUCAACCACACCUUCAUCCAGACAGAGUUUGGUAUUGCUGUCAGCCCGGAUCACUCUGGCAAGGUGAUCCUGACAGCAGACGUGUCCGAUAUCGGUGGAUUUCGACUAUUUCGGUCACGGAACUUUGGCCGGUCCUUUGAGACGUCGGAACUCCCCUUUGAGCCCUUAAUUCAGAUGCUGUACAACCCCGGAGACUGCAACAUACUUCUGACUCUCAGUAUCCGGUUGGAUUUGUGGCUGUCAGAGGAUUUUGGUGCCACCUGGCGGAAGAUUCAUGACAGUGUUUGUCUUGUCAGAUGGGGUGCAAAGAAUAGCAUUUACUUUACGACACACUACAACGGAUCAUGCAAUGACAAAGGAAUGUUGGAGUUGAGGAAAACGGCAGACUACGGCCGUAGUUUCCGGACAAUUGCGAGCAGAGUUUUCUCCUUCGUACUCGGGGGACGCUUUGUUUUCGCCUCUAUCAUGACCGGAAAGGACACGGAGCGCGUGAUCCACGUGUCGGUGAAUGGAGGAGAAACAUGGAAUAUAGCUCAGCUUCCUGCUGUCAACCAUGAGCAGUUUUAUUCCAUCCUAGCAGCCAAUGAAAACAUGAUAUUCAUGCAUGUGGAUGACCCAGAAGAUUCUGGGAUUGGAACAAUCUAUGUGUCUGAUGACAGAGGAACCGUGUUCUCCAAGUCUCUUGAGCGCCAUCUGUACACCACCACAGGAAGCGACACUGACUUUACCGUCAUUACUUCACUCAAGGGAGUUUACAUGACCAGCGUACUCGCAGAGGGUGGAACAGUGGAGACGGUGAUCACCUUCGACCAAGGUGGACGAUGGCAGAAGCUGCGUCGACCCGAAAACGGCCACUGUGACGCCGAGACCUCCACGAACCGGCCGAACCGAUGUCGACUCCACAUUCAUGCCACUUACAGCACUGCCAUGAAGAUGAAUGUCCCCAUGCUGCCACUCUCACAGUCAAGUGCCGUGGGCCUUAUUCUUGCACAUGGGAGCACGGGGGACGCCGAGUCGGCUGUCAUGCCUGAUGUUUACGUGUCUGACGACGGUGGCUACUCGUGGUUGCUUUCCCUCGCGGGUCCUCACCACUAUGCUAUACUGGACUCGGGGGCUCUUCUGGUGGCUGUGGAGCACACAAACGCCCCCGUUAAUCAAAUCAAGUUUUCCACGGAUGAAGGACGGUGUUGGCACACUUAUAAUUUCACCAGUGACCGCUUCCACUUUAGCGGCAUGGACAGCGAGCCAGGUUCCCGCUCCUUGAACGUCAGCCUGUGGGGCUACAGAAAUGACUUUACGAAAUGGGUCGUGAUCACCAUUGAUUUCCGGAAUCUCCUCGCCCGAGAAUGUAACGACGAGGACUACGUGCCGUGGUUGGCUCACUCUACUGAUGCCGAAAGCUCCAAUGACGGCUGUGUGCUAGGCUACAAGGAGACCUUUCUACGCUUGAGGAAAGACUCGGCCUGCUGGAACGGGAGGCGGUUUAGUGGCAGGCAGCGUUUGUCGCCUUGCGCUUGUACAUUGGAUGAUUAUCACUGUGACUUUGGAUACUUCCGACCUGAGAACAGCUCAGAGUGUGUGGAGCAGGAAGAGUUGAAGGGCCAUCCACUAGAAUUCUGUUUAAAUGGAACCACUGAAGAGCUGCAGACCAGUGGUUACCGGAAGAUUCCAGGCAACAUGUGUGCUGGAGGUUUCCAGCCUGUCAGAAAGGAGACUGACCUAAGAAGGAGGUGCACUAGUGAUGUUCUCCAUCCACUUUCUCUGACUGAAAGUGGCUCAUCAAAUGCUGCAAUCGUAGCCGUGGUUGUUAUCGCCGUGCUGCUGAUGAGCGCUGUCGCCGGCGUCUGGAUAGUGAAGAAAUACGUCUGCGGCGGGCGGUUCCUUGUGCACCGCUACUCUGUGAUGAGGGAGCACGCCGAAGCUAACAAAAUUGAAGGAGUCGACGAUGUCGACACCCACUACAUGGAAACGGGAAUAGCUCAAUACAAUGAGGAUUCAGAUCAGGGAACCCAGGGAUCCAAAGCUGGCCUCGGCUGGUAUCCAGGUCCAAACAGGCAGGAAAUGGAGUGCAUACAAAGCUCUGGAGGUGGCAGAGUUGCAACUGAGGCAGAAGGUGCCGGUAAGAUCUGUAGCCAUAGGGCACACAGGAAUUGCCUACUUCCCGGCAACGAGGACUGGAAACGCCAGAGGCAAAUAGUGGAACACCUUAAUGCUUGUUUAUUCGCUGCGGUCUAG